UCGAUCAGAUUUACUUUUAGCAUGGAAUCUGCCGAUGUCGCUGAUGAGGGUAUUCACGAACCAGAUGACAGCUUUGAGUUGGAACUGCCUAUACCUUUUGCUGCAGUGACGCAGUCGAUUAAACCAUCAGAGAGUAAUUUGAAGCAAAAUCAUAGUUCAACGGACGAGGACAUAGACAGUGAAUUUGAGGAAAGAUCAAGAAAAAUUUCGAGGAAAUCAAUGACAAUAGUUGACGAACUCGGCUUUAAAAUCGACCGUUCAAAAGACGCAUUGUCUCCGCCCUUCGUUGAAAACGUUGAAAACAAACGAAAUUGGUUGGCUUACUUGGAAUUCGCUUAUACAGAUCGUUUGGGUGAAAGCAGUCAGAAUGAUGGGGGAGAUUAUUCCGGAGAACAAUCACUUUGGAUGUGUCUGUAUCCUCGUCUCAGUCCUUCUCCGCGUCUUACUGAGCUUAUUCGUGGACUUGAGGACAAGCAGAAUCCUGCUGAACGUCUGAAGUGGUCAGGUGUACCCAGUCCGAGCAAUGAAUUGAAUCCAAGAGAUGGUAUUCCUCAUUCAAUGCGUUCUCAAAUCUGGCCCCGUCUGACCCGCGCUUAUGAAGAGCAGCAACAAGGACGGACGAGAGGCAAUGAAGGUUUUAAUCUUGGCCUCAAGAAAACUCCACUCACUUAUUCCGAAAUUACCCAUUACAGCUCCUCUGUUUCAUUGAAAAUUCGUCAACAGAUCGAAAAGGAUCUCUUGAGAACAAUGCCAAACAAUGUGUGCUUUUCUUCACCAUCGGCCACAGGAAUUCCAAGAUUGCGUAGGAUUCUAAUUGGUGUGGCUUGGUUGUACACUGAAAUAGGAUAUUGUCAAGGGCUUGGUGUUAUUGCUGCAAAUUUGCUUCUUAUCAUGGAGGAAGAAAUGGCCUUCUGGAUGAUGUGUGCUGUAAUUGAGGAUAUUCUGCCGACUUCAUACUUUUCAGCGGACAGUCUCCUUGGUGUUCAAACAGAUCAACGGGUUCUCUGCCAACUCCUUACUGUGUUUCUGCCACGUCUUGAUGCCACAAUUAAACAGCACGACGUUGAUAUUCCUUUGAUAACUUUGGGAUGGUUUCUAACUUUAUUUUCCGGAGUACUAAAUAUUCAAAUCAUGCUGCGCGUUUGGGAUCUCCUUUUCUACGAAGGAUCCACCGUACUCUUUCGAAUCGCCCUCGCCAUUUUAAAAAUCAAGGAAGACGCUCUGGUGGAAACAACGAAUGCUGCGGCCUUCUUCAAUGAGAUCUCAAAUGCGCCUUCAUCAAUCACCGAUAUCGACGAAUUCAUAAGGGUGAGCUAUUUCUUAUAUUACAGCUUACUUGGAGCUGUUUUAUGUACUGCUUAUUCGUUUGAAGAUGAAUACCUCGAACAGACAUACAUUGAUGGUCUACGAAGACAUCAUCUCUCCCAGCUGAUUGUGGAACUAAGCAACGCUGAUAAUGAAAGUGGGCAGGCUCGGCCUCUGCCUAAACAGGCGAAAUUAAUUGGCAUCAAAUUUUGUUUUCUUUUUUCUCUACAGUUUCUCACCAGAAGGAAUUUUGAAAAAAGGCAAUAUGGCGGACCUCUGGGUCUGUUCUGUGGAGCAUUUGGAAAUCGUUCAAGACUCUUCCUCCCACAGGAAGAAGGGUACGAAAUGCAUUAUACGCCGAGUGAUGGCUCCGCAGCAGCCAUUCAAGAAGCUCCACACCUGAGUGUAGCUGAUGAACGCACUCGCACUGAAUUCUAUCGUCAAUUUGAAGAUCUCAAUAGAGCCGAUCCGAAGAUUAAGAAUAUUCGGCAGACUGAAUUAUUGGUGAAUCUGAGGCAGUCAAUUUUAGCUAUCGUUCGCCACUUCCAUAACAAUGACCCCAGCCAUGGAAAGACAGCAGUGGUUCGAAAUCGCCGAGCCAAGGCGCUUUACGAUUUUGCUCGUCAGGAGCGAGAUGAAUUGGGUUUCCUACGAAAUGACAUAAUCACUGUGUUGGAUAUGCAUGAUGAGCACUGUUGGUUGGGCGAAAUAUCCGGUAGUGGUCUUCGUGGUUGGUUUCCUGCAAAGCUGGUGGAACUACUUGACGAGAGAUCGAAAAAGUAUUCACCCGCUGGAGAUGAUUCUGUCUAUGCAGCCGUUGGAAACCUGGUUCGACAUGGUUUGUGUUCCUCACUACGAGCCAUAUUUGAGUAUGGUCUGAAGCGAACACGUGGUCUGACAGAUCAGAAUUCGAGUCCUUGGAAAUUUAUUCAGGCAGUUGCUAUUCGAGAAGCCGAACAAGACUCAUCUUCGAUUCAUUCUCGACUCAUUCUCUGUCGAACUUUCCGUUUGGAUGAGGUGGGGAAAGUUCUCAGUCCAGAGGAGCUCCUUUAUCGGUCAAUUCAAAACAUCAAUGCUUCACAUUCAUCCCUGGACACUUCGGAUGAUGUCAAAUUCAGAACUCUGGUUUGCAUUGGAUUAAAUGAGCUAGUACUCCACUUGUGGUUAGAAAUUCUCUGUUCUUGUGAUGAAGUGGUCACAAAGUGGUACCAUCCUUGGUCCUUCUUACGCAGUCCUGGUUGGGUACAGAUCAAAUGCGAGUUAAGGGUAUUGAGUCAGUUUGCAUUCCAUUUAAAUCCAUUGGCAGAAGUGGGUGAUAAAGUAUGCAAUAAACGUGACUCCGGUUCACUUGGUGGCAUUGAAUCUGAGGUACGACGUCUAUUCCAGGCUGCUAAAGCACCCCUUCUACUGCUCUCUCGACUUCGGCUUGGUGGUCUUCGGCCCCUACGGGAGUAUCGGCAUCCCGAUACAGAUUUGGGUUGUUUCCAUUAUGAUUUUGAAUCCACUGGGGAUAUGUUGGUCAAGUACCAUCUAUUCAGUUGGGAGCUGUAA